UCAGAAAAUGCAUGUUUACUUCGUAUAGUAAGGAGUUUUCUUCACAGAUGGAAACGCAUAUGCACGUAUGCAUUGUGUAACAUGAUAAAAAUAAUUUUUUGUGUAUGAAUUUUGCCGCGUAGUUCUUUUGUGUUAUCAAAUAUAAUACACCGAUGAGCCAAUGGUAGAAGAAGAGGUGUCAAGCGAUUGAUAAGGCUGCAAAUUCCUGUGUUGAUAUUAUUUCAGUUAAACAAAUAAACCUUAGGGUAAGGACAUAUACUCGUGCAUUCACAAAUAUUGGGGCAGAUUAAGAUAGAUAGGGGUGCCUUCAAUUUCCUGCCGGUGGCGAAUGGCAAAACGAUGCAGCAAGGAACGGGUAGGGAUAACAUUGCUUAUCAUCGUUAUCCUCGCCUGUAUCAUCACUCCUAUCGUCUACCUCAUCCAGCAACCGGAUAAACGACAGGACGGCCCCAUCAUACCCCCUACCCAGGCGCCGGUACCCGCCAUUCCUGCAGAACUCCAUCAACGAAUCGACUGUCUGCCAGAGGCUCAGGGAGACUUUGUUAAGCUCACCAAGGAGAAAUGUGAACAAAGGAAUUGUGUUUUUGUACAAGAACAGUCGAAUACGAGUUGUGUGUAUCCUGCUAAUUCGGAUUAUGGUUAUUCCGUGGUUCAAGAGUCGGUGACUGCCUUGAAGUCUAUUUAUUAUUUAAGAAAAAGAGGGAAAAGUCCAUUUAAUGGAAGAAGUGCUGAUUUUGUGGAGCCUGUUAUUGAGAUAGAAGAACACGGAGACGAUUUAGUUAGAAUAAAGUUUGAUGAUGCUAAAACAAACCGAUACCACGUUCCUCUCCAAAUCAACACCCCACCAAAGAAAGCCAAGAAUCCCAAAUACGAAUUUAAAAUUGUGGACAGAGAAAAAUUUGCUUUCAAGUUGAUCAGAAAGUCUACAGGCGCGGUGUUAUUGGACACAUCAGUUGGCGGUUUGACUCUAACUGACCAGUUUCUCCAAUUUUCUACACGUCUUCCCAGCUACAACGUGUACGGAUUUGGAGAGAACGUCCAUCAGUCCUUUAAACAUAACAUGGACAACCAACAGUGGCCAAUGUUCUCACGUGACCAAGGAACACCGGGGAUACAUCAUUACAAUUUAUACGGGGUACAUCCUUUUUACACCUGCGUAGAGGAAGAUGGAAAUACACAUGGAGUCUUAUUGCUUAACAGCAAUGCUCAAGAUUAUGCAUUCACACCCUUACCGAUGCUGACGUACAGAACCAUUGGGGGAGUUCUAGAUUUCUAUAUCUUUCUGGGACCAAAACCUGAAAAUGUCAUUCAACAGUACACAAAGGUAAGAAUUUGACAUCCAUGUUAAUCAACAUGGAAUUCAAUAAAUUUUCGACACAGUUCGCUAUUGCACGUAAAACGUUUGCAGAUAAAUUCUAUAAAACGGUUGAUUUCACAGGAUGUACAGUAUGCUGAUAUUGAUCACAUGAAUGAACAAAAGGAUUUUACUAUUGACCCGGUGAACUUCAAGGGACUGAAGGAAUAUUUUGAUGAGUUAAGAAGCGAAGGAUUGCGAACAAUAAUCAUAUUAGACCCGGCUUUAUUAAGUACAGACCCGCAAUACGAACCUUACAGAAAACUAAGCGACGUAAGUGGUGGGGUAAUGUGGCGUGAUGCACCGGGAGACGAACAAUACAAGGAUCCAACAGGGGCGUUAUUAGGCUAUGUGUGGCCAAAUGGAAAAGCUGUUUUUCCCGAUUUCUUUAAAUCGGCUACUCAAAACGUCUGGAAAGAACUCAUAAAGGAUCACCGGAAAAAUAAACUAGUGAUGGAUGGCUUAUGGAUUGAUAUGAACGAGCCAGCUAAUUUUGGAACAAAUGAAGAGAAACCCUGGAAUUAUCCUCCUAACACGACCCCCUGGAGUCUGCAUUGUCCAGACUCGCCCCUGGAGGAUCCGCCCUAUAGAACCAAGGCAGCUUUUGUACAUGACCGUGCCGAGAAGGAAAUUCGAAUCUCAGACAAGACUAUCUGUAUGACGUCACGACAGGGCGACAGAAAUGAACUACUGCACUACAAUGUUCACAGUUUGUACGGGUGGAGCCAGACUAAACCCACUUUGGAUGCCAUCCGUGAGGCCACGGGUGAGCGUAGCGUGGUCAUUUCUAGGUCCACCUAUCCAGGUAGUGGCAGGUACGGGGGGCACUGGUUGGGGGAUAAUGAUAGCUCCUGGCUGUCAAUGCGAAACUCAAUUAUAGGGAUGUUGGAAUUCAAUUUGUUUGGAAUACCUUAUAUUGGAGCAGAUAUUUGUGGCUUCUUUGGUAACACAACAGCAGAUCUCUGUCUCAGAUGGAUGCAGCUUGGUGCUUUUUAUCCUUUUUCUCGCAACCACAACGGAAUAGGCAACAUUGAGCAAGAUCCAGCUGCCCUAGGUGACCACGUGACUAUUGCUUCUCGUGAAGCACUGAUGACUCGCUAUCAACUCCUUCCAUACUUGUACACAUUAUUCUACUUUGCACAUGAGCAUGGAAAUACAGUUGUGCGGCCUCUUCAUCACGAAUUUAUAAGUGACAAAUAUACCUUGGAAAUCUCAGAGCAGUUCCUAUGGGGAAGCUCUCUUCUGAUAUCUCCUAUACUUUAUCAGAAUGCCUCUACAAUCACGUACUACCUACCUGCUGGAAAGUGGUACGACUAUUACUCUGGAUCUCCCACCCAGAGUACGGGUAGAAAUUUCACACAAAACGUACGGCUCGAUUCUAAGAUUCCGUUGAAUGUCAGGGGUGGAUCCAUCAUUCCUCAACAAACUUCUUCGACGACUACUGCAGAAAGUCGAAAGAACCCCUUGACAUUAUUGGUAGCGUUGGAUGAAGAGGGGAGGGCAAAAGGAAGCUUAUUUUGGGAUGACGGAGUCUCCAUAGAAACUAUCGAAAACAACAAAUUUUUGCUGGCAUCAAUAACUGUUGAACAGUCAGAACUGAAGUAUAGGAUAGAAGAAGGAAACCCCGCUGCCAUUGAAGAGGGUGUAAAAAUAGACAAAAUAGAGAUCUGGGGAAUGCAAGGGGACGUGACUCUGGUUCUUAAGGAUAGCACACAACAGUUGACAAACUUCAGCAAAAUAGGGCACAUCCUUACCAUAUAUAACUUGUCUCAUCCACUUUCUGAGGAAUUUGACAUAAAAUGGAUGAAUGGGAGCUAUGAUGAUAUCCUCAGAAUUGACUGCUUUCCAGAGCGUCUAGGAAAAUAUGAAACGUUAACUAAGGAAAAAUGUGAGCAAAGACAUUGCAUCUACAGUAUCACCCAAUCGGAGGCCCCUGACUGUUUCUUUCCCAGGACUAACUAUGGAUAUAGCAUCUCAGGGCCUGUUAAUAAGACUGAUUAUGGAUGGCAUGUGCCCUUAAAAAGGAAAGGAAAUCCCCCAUUCAAGGACCCUAUAGACGACCUCGUCUUUGAGAUUGAGUGUUAUGGAGACUCGAUGUUCCGUUUUAAGCUUGAUGUUCCAUCGAAGGAUAGAUACACAGUUCCAUUAAAUAUGGAGAUAUUUCCUCAUAAACACAGUAACGAACCAAGAUACGAAUUAAUAAUAACAAAUAAUGACACCUUCGCUUUUCAAAUAAUACGACGAAGUUCUCAAGCAGUCAUCUGGGAUACGGGAGUAGGUGGGUUAACAUUCGAAAACCAGUUCCUUCAAAUUGCAACAAAACUACCUUCAAGGAAUAUUUACGGUUUUGGUGAAAAUCUUCAUGGGAAAUUCCGCCAUGACGUCAACUGGAAACAGUGGCCAAUGUUCUCCAGAGACGAGGGAACCGGAAACCAGAAUUUUAAUAAUCACUAUGGCGUUCAUCCAUUCUACAUGUGUAUGGAGGAAGAUGGUCAGGCUCAUGGAGUUCUUCUACUUAACAGUAACGCACAAGAUUACGCCUUUACACCUCUCCCUAUGUUGAUCUAUAGAACAAUUGGAGGAAUUCUUGAUUUCUAUGUUUUCAUGGGACCAGAGCCUGAAAAUGUUGUUCAGCAAUACCAUACGGCCAUUGGAAAGCCAUAUUUACCACCAUACUGGUCUCUUGGUUUCCAGUUGUGUCGUUAUGGUUACAACACAAUAGAAAACAUGCAAGAGGCGGUAAACAGAACAAGAAAGGCCAAUAUACCACAUGAUGUUCAAUAUGCAGACAUUGAUCAUAUGUACAAGCAGAUGGACUUUACGAUAGAUCACAAACGAUUUCCUGGACUUAAUGCCUACUUCAAAAAUCUCCAACAACAAGGAAUGAAGACCAUUAUCAUUUUGGAUCCUACAUUGAUAAGCAAUGUUUCUGGUUACGAACCUUAUGGGAAAAUCAAAGAUGUCAUGGGAAGUAUAAUGUGGCCAAAAAAUUACAGCAUUCCUCAUGAUAGCAGUGAUAUAGGAGCUCUACUGGGAUACGUUUGGCCAGAAGGAAAAGUCAUAUUUCCAGAUUUCUUCAAGAAUGAAACACAACAAGUUUGGGAAGAACUCAUAAGGAACCAUCACAGUAAUUUAACAUUUGAUGGUCUUUGGAUCGAUAUGAACGAGCCAGCCAACUUUGGAACCAAUGAAGAAAAACCCUGGAACUGGCCAGCUGGAGCCCGUCCAUAUUGGAGUUUAAAGUGUAAUGAAGGAGAAGAUUUAGAGGAUCCACCAUACAGAACAAUGGCGGCAUUUGUAUAUGAUAGAGUGGAUAAGAAAAUAAGAAUAUCAGACAAAACAAUAUGUAUGGUGGCUAAACAGGGCAAUGCAGAAGAGUACAACCACUAUGAUGUUCAUAGUUUGUAUGGAUGGAGUCAGACACCCACAACUUUAAGAGGUCUCAGACAAGCUAUCAACAAACGAGGAAUCGUUAUAUCGCGUUCCACGUUUCCCAGUAGUGGAAAGUAUGCUGGUCAUUGGCUUGGUGAUAAUUCUGCGGUGUGGCCAGAUGUUCAUCUGUCCAUUAUUGGCAGUUUGGAAUUUAAUUUAUUUGGUAUACCUUACAUUGGGGCAGACAUAUGUGGAUUCUUUGGUAAUUCUUCUUCACAGCUUUGCAAGAGAUGGAUGCAGUUGGGGGCAUUUUACACUUUUAGCAGAAACCAUAAUGGUAUUGGAAAUAUACCUCAAGAUCCGGCCUACUUUGGUGAGGACGUCGCUGAAGCGUCGCGAAUAGCCCUCGAAACUCGAUAUUCUCUUCUUCCUUAUUUGUACACUUUGUUUUACAAAGCACACACAAAAGGUGGGACUGUCAUGAGACCUCUUCAUCAUGAGUUUCCAAGAGACAAAAUGACAUACGACAUAGAUUCCCAAUUUCUGUGGGGUCCAGGGCUUCUAAUCUCUCCAAUUCUUUAUGAAGAUCAAACAACGUUGUCUCUUUAUUUACCACCUGGUCAUUGGUACGAUUUUUACACAGGUAAACAUUAUUUAGGAGGGCAGAAGCUCAGUUUGGAUGUUGAUGGAGAUUCUAAAAUUCCUCUUCAUGUAAGGGGUGGAUGUAUCAUUCCACGACAAAAUCCGGCACUGACGACCAAAGAGAGUCGUCUGACACCCUUCACACUUGUAGUAGCCUUGGAUGACGAUGGGAGACGUCGAACUGCGAACGGUGAACUUUUUUGGGAUGAUGGAGAAAGCAUUGAUACUUUGAAAAGUUCCAGUUACUAUCAUACUAAAUUUCAAUACAGCAACGAUGUUUUGAGCAUGACUGUUCAAAAAAAGAAUGACACACUUGUUCAAAACUUGAUGGUAGAGACUGUGAUAAUUUUGGGAUUGCACGAGAAUAUUAAGUAUGCUUACGUACAAGGAAAUGACUCGCACUUUAACGUCGAAGGUACUACCAUGAAAAUUAUCAGAAAUUUGCAAAGAACUCUUAAAGAAGAUUUUGUUAUCGAGUUUAGAGAGGAACUUAAACCGACAGAAGAUGAAGCGUCUCGUAUAGACUGUUUGCCAGAUGUAUCUGGUGACGAAGAUAGGAAUAAGUUAACGUGUGAAAAAAGGGGCUGCAUAUGGCAAAAAGCAGAAAACAAAAUCUCUGUUCCCGCGUGUUUUAUAGAUAACAAUAAGUAUGGUUAUGUUUUCGAAAAUAUCGAAUCUGAUGAUACCAUAAACCUGCAGUGGAGAAAUCAAUCUUCCAUGUUCGAAGGCGAUUUGCAUAAAAUUAAAUUAAGUAUUCAUGAAAUAUCAGAAAGCAUUGUGCAGCUAAAAUUCGACGAUCCAUUGUCCAGUAGAUACGAGGUGCCCGUUCACCUAAAUAAAAUAAAUGAAUCGCCUACGACAAAUAAAAAAUAUAGAAUAGAGUAUGCCAACACUACAAAUUCUAUGUUUUACUUGAAAGUGAUACGACAAGACACAAACAAAACAAUAUUUGAUACCUCUAUAGGAGGGUUUACUUUUGCAAACCAAUUCCUUCAGCUAGCAACGCUACUUCCCUCUGAAUAUGUGUACGGCUUUGGCGAAAAUCGACACUUUACUUUCAAGCACAAUAUGAAUUUCAAAAGGUGGCCCAUGUUUUCCCGCGAUAAUGGUGUGAACUGGGGAGAUUAUGCAAAUUUAUAUGGAGUUCAUCCAUUUUACAUGUGCGUUGAAGAUGACCAAGGAAAUUCGAAUGGAGUACUUUUACUUAACAGUAACGCUAUGGAGGUAGUGUUAAGUCCUCUACCGUCACUUACCUACCGGACAGUCGGGGGUAUUCUUGAUUUCUAUAUCUUUAUGGGUCCAACACCAGAGAAUGUCAUACAGCAGUACACUGAACUCAUAGGUCGACCAUAUCUUCCACCUUACUGGGCAUUAGGAUUUCAGUUAAGCCGGUAUGGCUAUAACAAUUUGGACAAUUUGAAGGCAGCCACUAAAAGAAUGAUUGAUAACAGAAUCCCCUUAGAUGUACAGUAUGCAGAUAUUGACCAUAUGGAUGAGAGAAAAGACUUUACAGUGGAUGACGCAAAUUUUAAAAAUCUCUCGGGAUAUGUCACAGAGCUACAAAAUAAGAACAUCCGUUUCAUCAUCAUACUUGAUCCUGCUCUUAUUAGUAAUGAAACCAAUUACAAUCCUUAUGAACUUGGCAAGAAUAGCAGCUUAUUUAUAAAAUGGCCUUAUUUUAAUGAUUCGAGAAAUGGAACCAAUAUGCUUGGAUAUGUGUGGCCGAAAGGUAAAGUUGUCUUUCCAGAUUUUCUUAAGAACGAAACAAGGGAAUACUGGAAAAAUUUAAUAGUUGAGCAUCAUAACAAUUUAUCUUUUGAUGGGUUAUGGAUCGAUAUGAAUGAGCCGGCAAACUUUGGGACAAAUGAAGAAAGGCCAUUCAACUGGCCAGAAAAGGAUAAACCAUAUUGGUCACUGAAGUGUCCCCAUUCCGCCUUAGAUGACCCUCCUUACAAACCAAGAGGAAUUUUUGGGCCACGUUUAUCAGAUAAAACACUGUGUAUGGUAGCUUUACAGAAUGACGGUGCUUACAACCAUUAUGAUGUUCAUAGUUUAUACGGUUGGAGCGAAACUGAGCCUACACUUUAUGGACUCCGAGAAUCUAAAAAUCAAACGAAAAGAGGAAUUGUAAUCUCUCGGUCAACUUAUCCGUCCAGUGGAAAAUAUGCUGGUCACUGGUUAGGGGACAAUGAUAGCAAGUGGCCUGAUGUUCACGAUUCAAUUAUUGGAAUUCUGGAGUUCAACCUUUUCGGUAUUCCAUACAUUGGAUCGGACAUUUGUGGAUUUUUUGGACAUCCUUCAGCAGAACUCUGUGAAAGAUGGAUGCAGCUUGGUGCGUUUUACACCUUUUCUAGAAAUCACAAUACAAUUAAUAUGAAGGAUCAAGACCCUGCAAUAUUUGGUCCAGCAGUUGCUGAUUCCUCGAGAAGAGUUUUAAAUGUAAGGUAUUCGCUCCUACCUUAUCUAUACACAUUAUUUUACGAGGUGCACACUCGAGGUGGAACCGUCAUUCGUUCUCUGAUGCAGAAUUUUCCACAAGAUAUAAAAUCACGGAAUAUUGAUACACAAUUCAUGUGGGGAUCAGCAAUAAUGAUAUCUCCUGUACUCAGUGAAGGUAAAAUCGAAAAGGAAGUCUAUUUUCCAGAGGGUCGUUGGUUUGACUUUAAAACCGGUGAACUUGUUAGCCAGCAAGGCAAAGAAACCUUGACCGUAUCUGCCCCACGAGAUGAAAUUCCCAUCUUUGUACGCGGAGGCAACAUCAUACCAUCCCAGCAUCCGGGCGUAAAUACAGAGGUCAGCAGACUUAAUCCGAUGCAAAUAAUCGUAGUUCCGGAUGAAAAUGGACAUGCUGAAGGUUCGCUUUUCCUUGAUGAUGGAGAGUCGAUAAAUACUGUGGAAAAAGGACAAAUUUACUUCUCUACAUUUAGCUUUAAUGACACAUAUUUCUCCUUGCAAGUUCAAAGUCACAAUGAGACAGUGUCUAAUAUAAACAUUGGCAGUAUUGUUGUUUAUGGGAUAACACGUCAGAUAUCUAGUGUGCAAAUUAACAAUAUUAACAAUACAGCAACAACAUUUGAAUUUAGAAAACCACACAAUACUUUACAUAUCAAUUUAUCAUUAAGUAUAAAAGAUAAUAUAUAUAUUCAUCUAUCAUAAUUAAUAGAUAUCUCUACUUUCACAUUGUUUAUAUACUUAUAUACAUAUGCUUUUUAGUUGAAUUUACUCCAAGAUUUUUAAAUGUAUUCAAAACAUUGCAAAUAUUAUCGGCGCUCCAAAGGACGUUCAUUCUUGUGGCGUAUCGAUAUUAAUGAUUCCUUGAUGUCUUUUAAAUCUUUUAAUAAAGAAUCUAUAUUUUAGCAGUAAA